AUGUAUGAUGAAAGCCAUUUAUCAGAAGUAGAAGAACAUGUAUUAGAUACAGAUGAAUCAGAUUUUGAUACAUUGAAUACAUCUGUUUAUGCUAGUCAAUCGUCGGACUAUGAAAAUGAAGAUAACUUUGAUCCAGCAGAUGAUCCACUACAUUAUUAUACUCAUUUACAAACAAACGAUAUCUGUAUGGAAUUUUUAAAAUUAUUACGUGACUCACAGAUUAGUAAAACACAAUCUGAACGUUUUCUGUCGUUCAUCAAAACCCUUCUACCCUAUCCAAAUAAAAUGCCUACAUCAAUGGAAAAGUUACUAACGAUAUUAAACAUCACAAAUUAUUUUACGAAACGUAUUGUGUGUAUCCUAUGUAAGAAGGAAUUGAAUAAUAAACAAUUAGUUUGUAACACUUGUACAACCGCCGAGUCGAAACACACUGCACACAUUUAUGAUACAGAUUUUUUCAUUCUGUUAUCUUUAGUCGUGUCAAGGUUAUUGGUAGAAAUAAACAAAUACAAAGAAGAAAUUUUGUCAACAAAUAUCAAUGAAGAAAAAUGCUAUGAUAUACCAUUUGGACAAAUUUAUCAAGAUCUACUAAAACGUUUACCUAAUGAGAAUAUGUUAAGUUUAUUGUUUCACAUCGAUGGGGUUGGAUUAUGCAAGUCAUCAAAUUUGAAAAUGUGGUUAUUCAGCGCGUCCAUCAUCGAACUACCGCCUCACUUCAGAACAAGAAGACACAACAUGCCACUAGUGUCGAUUUACAUCGGCCAUACUGAACCAGAUAUUAAUCUGUGGCUUGGAUCCAGUUUUUUAGCAUUAAAACUCCUCAAAGAAAAUGGUAAAUACUCUUAG